AUGGAUCGCUUUGUCCCCCAUGGUUUGCCCACGACGUCAGUCCCUGCUCGCCGGAUCAACCCUCAACGGUUUAUUCCAAAACAGACAGAGACACCCUGUUCCCUGGCGGAUGGCGCUCUUCCCCAAACUUCACGUUCCCACAACCCCUGCUCAACCGUCGAUAACUGGACGAGGUCCAGCUCUAGUAGCCCUGAAGCAAUGAUGUCCUGUCAGCAGCAUCCAUGGUCCAUGGAGGCAAAUACCUCGGAAUACAUUCUCAGUCCAUCUCAUUCCCCGAAGGACACUCUGGCAGACGUAUUGUCCGGUCAAUACGUGCACGACAGCGAGUACUCUGACUGGUCAUCCUCGCUCAUGAACCCCAACCCGACACACGCACCAUCAUCACACGCUAGACGGCAACCGUCUCCCGAGUGGCGGCAGGAACUUCAUGCCACGGGGCUGGUGGGGGUUGACCGUGACUCUUACGGUGCAUCGUUCCGGUCUCAUCAACAACGGUCUGGGAUGGCGGCGACGGCCUACCCGUCUGUGCCACCAUCACCUCUCUUGUCCUCUUCAGGGUACCCUCCAUCGCAGUAUGGCCGGCCGGAUCUCUCCCCGCUCAAGCCACUGGUGGAACAUGAUGAUUCACGGACUAGCCCUGACGACACGGAAGAAGACGGGAGCGCCGAUCCUCCAUACUCCCUGCUCAUCUAUCAGGCUCUCUGGUCUGCGGCGGGGAGGAAAUUGACUCUCCAGGAUAUCUACAGCUGGUUCGAGAAGAACACUACGAAGGGGAAAGAUCGAACUUCAAAAGGUUGGCAGAAUAGUAUUCGUCAUAAUCUGUCGAUGAACGCAGGGUUUGAGGCCGUCCGAGAGGAGCCAACACCCGGCAAGAAGGCUGUGAAUUACUGGCGCCUGACAGAGGAAGCAUUUGCCAAUGGCAUUCAAUCCACGACGCGAUACAGAAAACAGGCGAAUUACAAGAAGGCCCUGGGGUCAGACCCACCGGCUCCCCAGCGGCAGCGUUCUGGAGCUAAGGGGGGCAAGGCAACCAAGAUCACGGCCAAAUUUCGCGGACAACUGAGCCAGGAUGAAUCACGACGCGAACGAUACCGGCCGCGAUUGGCAUCGUCAUCAACGUCGUCCUCCUCGCCACGGGGCCACGAUCUGAAGGAUCUCUAUGGUCAAUACCACCUCCCGUCCGCCAUGCCCAUGGUGGUACCGUACCAUGUGGCUGCCUGUCCGACAGCACCAAUGAACCGCUCAACAGCCUCGUCGGGUGGGCAUCAUUUCGACCUGGGAAGCGUUGUUGGGUGUGCUGACACCCCUCCAUGUGCCCCUGUGUUCUGUGACAUGGCGGGGCCGAGCGGCGCCGAUUGCCUAGCGUUAGAUCCAGGAUACAUGGGGUGGUGUGGCAGCAACCUCCCCCAUCGAUUUUCCCACGCGCAUCAUGGCAUGUUGACAGGCUCGGAACCAAGCUCGACAGAUCUCCCAUUGGGGGUAUAA